UUUGCGCACUGUGCUUCAAGAGUACUGCAAAUGUAUAAGAAUCCUUCUCACUGUACCUGUACCAUCCUGCACUAUGGAAUGCUCAUUCUCCAGCCUCAGAAGACUUAAAAAUGAUCUCCGGUCAUCAAUGGGACAGAUGCGACUGAAGAAUGUAGCUGUCCUUAACGUGCCUCAAGACCAUACCAGGGAACUAGAUGUAAAUACGAUUUCUGACAGUUUCAUCCAGAAAGCUACGAGAGACGUAAUGUCUUUAAACUGGGAUGUUAGUGAAGACGGCUUGUGGUUUCCUCUGGGCGUCCAUUUCACCAGCCUGAAAUUAAUCAGCAACAAGAGGGAGAGAGAGAAAAGGGGGGAGAAACCCCCCUUGUCAUCUUGAUCCCCAAGCAGAAGCAGAGCAGCAGCCCCCAGGAAUUCACACCAAUACUCCCUCGCCAGGAUCUGCAGGCAGACUCCCUGACUGUGAUCUGCUGGAGCAGGGGGAACCCCACAUCCUCCAGAUUCCCUGCCAGAAAUCUACUGGACCAACUCCUCUUCAUUCCUCCCCAGGAUCCGCAGGAAAAGCCAUCAGGAGAUCGCCCGUCCCUCCUCCACUCCUGCCCUCCCCACCCCCAGUUUGGAGGAGGUUGCUCUUUGCUUGCUGAGGGGGAAUUCUCUGAAUCUGGCUGGACAGUUUUUUUACUUUGCACCCUCUGGGCUUCUUUCCUGCAUCUCUUCCACCACUGACAGUAAAACCCAGCCUCGCAGAGCUCUGCAAGGGGCUGUCCCUCCAUGCCUCCCUGCAGCGCCAACAGCUCCAGCUCCCAUGCAUGGAUUGUAUGGAUUUUGUGUGUGUAAAGGGGCUGCUGUAAUUUCAGCCUCCUCGACCUGCCCUGGUUGGAUUAUUUUUUAUAGCUCUGAUUUGAAAAGCAGCCACCAAGCCUUCCUGCCUGCCUGAUCUUUCACUGCUGCAGCUGCAGCUGUAUUAUAGCAGGGAAGCCUCAUUCCUGGGUUGCAGAGAGAGAAGGUUGCAGGAUCCUUCAAUCCCACCCCCUUCCUCUUUCCACAGCUCCGAGGAGAGUCCUGGCUCUUUGCAGCAUAUGUGGUGCAUCGGAGUGGAAGCCAGCACCAGUAGCCACUGCAGCAAAGGAAGCACGUGUCUCGGGCGAUGGCCAUGCAGUAAAGAUGUCAGUGUCCAGGCUGAACAGUGUCAAUGGGUUUUUGGAGGACUCCAGGAUGGAGGUUGGGGACAUGGGGAGGACCCUCAGGAGUUUGGAAAUUGGGACCGUGCUGACCUUGUUCUACCAAAAAAAGUCCCAGAGGCCAGAGAGGAGGACGUUUCAGGUGAAGCUGGAGACCAGGCAGAUCAUUUGGAGCCGGACGCCUGAGAAAGUGGAAGGAGACAUUGACAUUCGGGAGAUAAAAGAGAUCCGCCCAGGGAAGAAUUCCCGGGAUUUUGAACGAUAUCCAGAAGAUGCUCGGAAACUGGACUCCACCAUGUGUUUCAUCAUCCUGUAUGGACAGGAUUUCAGGCUCCGGACACUCAGUGUUGCUGCCUUCUGUGAGGAAGACGUCAACGUGUGGAUGACGGGCCUGAACUGGCUGGUGACGGACACUCAGAAAGCCCAGACGCCGCUGCAGGUUGAAAGGUGGCUGCGGAAACAGUUUGACUUGAUGGACAGGACGAGAGAAGGCAGUAUCACGGUGAAGGAUCUGAAGGCCAUGCUGCCCCAGGUAAACUACCGGGUGCCCAAUAUGAGGUUCCUGCGGGACAAGCUUGUGGAAGUGGAAGCCAGGAGCGACAUGGCCUUCACCCACUUCACUCACUUCUACAAAAAUCUAAUGUUCGAUGCUCAGAAAUCGGUCAUCGAGCAGCUGGAGCUCUCCUUCCCCUUGCGGAACGUUGACCGGGCGGAGCUGUGCCAGAUUACACUGUACGACUUCCAGAAGUUCCUGCAGCACGACCAGAAGGAGCCCUGGGCCAGUGACAUCGGCAAGGUGCGGGAGUACAUGUGUGGCUACCUCAGGGACCCCUUCAGUGACAUGGCAGAACCCUUCUUCCAGCUGGAUGAGUUUCUGACGUACCUGUUCUCCAGGGAAAACAUGGUCAUGGACGCCAAGUACGAGCGGGUGGUCCCAGAGGAGAUGAACUACCCGCUGUCCCACUACUGGAUCUCCUCCUCCCACAAUACGUAUCUGACUGGGGACCAGUUCUCCAGUGAGUCCUCGCUGGAAGCCUACGCUCGCUGCCUCCGGAUGGGCUGCCGCUGCAUAGAGCUGGACUGUUGGGAUGGUCCAGACGACCUGCCAAUCAUCUACCACGGACACACACUCACCUCCAAAAUCAAAUUCCUGGAUGUCCUGCACACCAUCAAGGAACACGCCUUCGUGACCUCUGAGUUCCCCAUCAUCCUCUCCAUCGAGGACCACUGCAGCAUCGUCCAGCAGAGGAACAUGGCCUCCCACUUCAAGAAGGUCUUUGGGGACAUGCUGCUCACCAAGCCAGUGGACAUCAACGCCGAUGAGUUGCCUUCCCCCACCCAGCUCAAGAAGAAAAUCCUCAUCAAGCACAAGAAGCUGGUGGAAGGGAACCUUUACGAAGAAGUCUCCACGGCCAGUUACUCGGAGAAUGACAUCAGCAACUCCAUCAAGAAUGGCAUCCUGUACCUUGAGGACCCCAUUGACCAUACCUGGAGCCCACAUUACUUUGUGCUGACAAGCAACAAGAUCUAUUACUCCGAGGAGACGUCCCGCUACCAGUCCAACGAGGAUGAGGAAGAGGUGGAACAAAAAGAGGAGUUUAACAACAACGAGCUGCACUUCAGCGAGAAGUGGUUUCACGGGAAGCUGGGCGGGGGGCGUGACGGGCGCCAGAUCGCUGAGAAGCUGCUGCACGAGUACUGCACCGAGACGGGUGGGAAGGACGGCACCUUCCUGGUGCGGGAGAGCGAGACCUUUGUGGGAGAUUACACCCUCUCCUUCUGGCGGUCCAGCCGAGUCCAGCACUGCCGCAUCCACUCCCGGCAGGAAGCCGGCACCACCAAGUUCUACUUGACGGACAACCUGGUGUUCGACAGCCUCUACAGCCUGAUCUGCCACUACCGCGAGGUGCCGCUGCGGUGCAAUGAGUUUGAGAUGAGGCUCACAGACCCCGUGCCGCAGCCCAACGCCCACGAGAGCAAAGAGUGGUACCAUGCCAACCUGUCCCGCCUGCAGGCCGAGCACAUGCUGAUGAGGGUGCCCCGGGACGGAGCCUUCCUGCUGCGCAAACGCAGCGAGCCCAACUCCUAUGCUAUCUCCUUCAGAGCGGAGGGCAAGAUCAAGCAUUGCCGCAUCCAGCAGGAGGGCCGGCUCUUCAUGCUGGGCAGCUCUGCCGAGUUCGAGAGCCUGGUGGAUCUGGUGAGCUACUACGAGAAGCACCCGCUCUACCGCAAGAUGAAACUCCGCUACCCCAUCAACGAGGAGACGCUGGAGAAGAUGGGCACUGCUGAGCUGGACUAUGGAGCCCUGUAUGAAGUGCGAACCCCUCACUUCUACGUGGAGGCCAACAAGAUGCCAAUGGCCAGGUGUACGGUGAAGGCCCUCUACGAUUACAAAGCCCAGCGGGAAGACGAGCUCUCGUUCUGCAAACAGGCCAUCAUCCACAACGUGGACAAGCAGGAUGGAGGCUGGUGGCGAGGAGACUACGGGGGCAAGAAGCAGCUGUGGUUCCCAGCCAACUACGUGGAGGAGAUCAUGAACGUGCUGGUACAGGAGCAGGACGAGGCUUCGGCAGAAAACAGCCCCCUGGGGAACUUCCUGAAAGGGUUCAUUGACGUACCAUCCUGCCAUGUAGUUAUCUCCAAAGACGGGAGGAGCUCCAAACCAUUUGUCUUCACCAUCCAUUCCCAGCAGAUGUCCCACCCGUCCCAAUCACUGGACGUGGCUGCAGACACACAGGAGGAACUCAACGACUGGGUGGCCAAGAUCCGGGAGGCCACACAGAACGCAGAUGCCAGGAUGCAAGAGGGGAAGAUCAUGGAGCGGAGGAAGAAGAUCGCCCUGGAGCUCUCCGAGCUGGUCGUUUACUGCCGCCCGGUGCCAUUUGAUGAAGAGAAGAUCGGCACAGACAAGGCUUGCUAUCGGGACAUGUCCUCCUUCCCCGAGACCAAGGCCGAGAAGUACGCCAACCGCAGCAAGGGCAAGAAGUUCCUGCAGUACAACCGGCGCCAGCUCAGCCGCGUCUACCCCAAGGGCCAGCGCCUGGACUCCUCCAACUACGACCCGCUGCCCAUGUGGAUCUGCGGCAGCCAGCUGGUGGCCCUUAACUUCCAGACCCCCGAUAAACCAAUGCAGUUGAACCAGGCCCUGUUCAUGCUGGGAGGCCGCAGCGGUUACGUCCUGCAGCCAGACAUCAUGAGGGACGACUUGUUUGACCCCUUUGACAAGAGCAGCCUGAAGAUCGUGGAACCCAUCACUGUGCAGCUCCAGAUCCUAGGCGCCCGGCAUCUCCCCAAGAAUGGCAGGAGCAUCGUGUGCCCCUUCGUGGAGGUGGAGGUCUGCGGCUCGGAGUUUGACAGCAGCAAGAACAAGACGGACGUCGUAGCUGAUAACGGCCUGAACCCCGUGUGGCUUUUCAAGCAGUUCGUCUUCGACAUCAACAACCCUGAGUUUGCCUUCCUGCGCUUUGUGGUGUACGAGGAGGACAUGUUCAGCGACCCCAACUUCCUGGCCCAGGCCACCUUCCCCGUCAAGGGCCUCAAAACAGGCUACCGGUCAGUGCCCCUGAAGAACAGCUACACUGAGGACCUGGAGCUCUCCUCCCUGCUCAUCCACAUCGAAAUCAUCAACGCCAAGGAAGAAGACGAGGAGAACCUGUACUCCUCCAUCCAGCAGCUGCGUGACCGAGCCAGCGAACUCUCCAACCGGGUCUCGAGCUUCGAACACAGCAACAACUGUGACUUGCGCCACCAGCAGUGGCUGGACGAGCUGCGGGCAGCCAAGGAGCGGCUGAUGGAGCUGACCGAAGUGCGCAACAGGAAGCUGAUGGAGAAAAAGAAGCGAGAUCGACAGAUGGCCAACAAGCACAACUGAGCCAGCCGCGGGGCUCUCCCAGCUGGGGCCCUCUGCUGGGGAGCCUGGAAAUCCUUGCCCGCAGGAGAUCUGGCUGCUGCUACCAGCCAUCCCCUCAACAGUCCACCUUUCCAGCUGGCUCGCUGCUCUCACCCUGCAUCCGUCAGCUGCCCUGGGGGGAAGAGACAUUGGCUGCUAGAACCACAGCACUUGCAGGACCUGGAGAGAACUAGAGGUGGCUCUGAAGAUGGGAGUGCAGAGCUGUGUUAGCACCUUUCCUGUUGUAACAACCGAGCUUUUCAAUGAGAUGGAAAAGGGGUCACGUGUCAGGGCGCGCAAUGUUCUCAAGAGGAUUCGAGCAGCCACCCGGGGCAGGGGUUCCCAUCAGCCGCCUUAUCCCCAGUCUGUCUGAUCUGCUUCAACAUCUGUUUAAAAAAAAAAAAGUCACCACCAUGAGACUUCCAAAAGGGGGGAGGGGAGGGAAGAGGGACAUCUCAGGAGCUGUAGGUUCAAAUCCUUUCGUAACUCACCAGUCUGUCUGUGUUCACGGUGGCGUCCCUAGAUGACAUUUCUCUGCCGUACAAAACCACCGCACGCACAGGGGCCCUGGGAGUGCCAAGGGUAGCAGGAGUGACUGGCCCGGGGGGCUGCAGGUUGUAAUGGAGGGGCACCGGCAGAGCAGUGUGUGGAGCAGGAGGGUGUGUGCUCUGCCUGGCUGUUCCCCUCACAAGGGUUAGAGGAAACCCUGCCCCCUAUUUAUUUAUUUAUUGGGAGGCUGGCACUUGAUCCCUUGCUCCGCGGCCCUUUAGAGUCGGGGUGACACUUGCUGAUGUGUUGCAGCUCUCCCUGAGCCUGCAGGGCCUGGGGAGCUGCUGUGACCCCCAGGCUCCUGCUCUGCAACGAGAUAAACGGUCUGAAUUGCCCUCAGACAUUCCCAA